CUCCCCGCUUCUACUGGCCGCCCCACCUUCCACCAUUCUUCUUUGCAGUAAUCUCGGUGUCCAUUUCCCAUUAUUCUAUCUCGUCUGCCUUCUAACCCUAAACCCCUUAUCCUUACUCCUUGGAUUCAAGGGUUGGAAUACUGUGCUUGUAAGAAAAGUUACAGUUUUAUUCUUCUUUUAGGUCUAAAAAUGUCGUGCUUCUCUAGUCUUACGCUGGUACCACGUUUCUAUCUUAAAUAAACCAUCCACAUCUGUAUCUUAUUUCUUCUUCUUCUUCUUCUUCUUCUUUAUACUUCACUUCCUCUAGUUAUAAUUUGGAUUUUACCUGAUGGGUGUUCGAUUCUUUCUAACUUUCUUAAUUUCAAACAAGGCUUUACUUGAUGAGAAGAGUGGGUUUAGGUUUAUUGCAUGCCACAGUUUUGAGAAAAAAACGAUCUUUGAUCCAUUAUUCUACUGCUUCCUCAUUGUUAUGUUGGGAUCGCCACCUCGUUUUUUCAAAUUCAACCAGUCAAUUGAGUUCCAGCAAUGGAGUUGAGGAAAAGGAUUGCAGCUUUUAUUUCAGUAGGGAGCCAACUUUUCUUCCCUAUGUGACCAUUGUUGUGCACACCUUAGAUUGGAGUUUGGUGAAGGAAAUAAAGUUUACUGAGAUCGUGAAUCGGUAUGGUUUAUCUCAUUCGUUAGAAUCAUUUGCAAUUCUCAUUGGAAUAUUUUUCUUAUCAGGAAUGCAUGGCAAGGCUCGUUUCUUAAUUAGAAGCAUUGUGGAUUACUACAGUAAUUAUAAGUAUAGUAGCCGUUACCUUGAUUUGUUUGAUUUGCUGUCUUUAUUGGUCAGUUUUUCGAAUGGUUCUGUUAACUUGUUGGAAGCUUAUCGAUCUGUCAUCUUGGUUUUAGCUGAGAACCUCAUGUUUGAGGAUGCACUCAUGGCUUAUUUGGAAGUUAAGAAGAUUGGAUUGGAAAUUGAUGUCAAGUUAUGCAAUUUCUUGCUUAAAAGUUUGGUUGAUAAGAAUGAGAUGAAACAUGCAAGGAGUUUGUUUAAUGAAAUGAAGAAAUCAGGCCCGUCGCCUAAUAUCUAUACUUACACGAUUAUCAUAUAUUUGUGUAUGAAAAAUGACACUUUUGAGGUGCAGGAGGCUAAUAAUAUUUUAUUGGAGAUGGAGAGGAAUGGUGUGAGACCAAAUGAAGUUACCUAUGCUACAUAUAUUCGAGGCCUUUGUAUUGUCGGAGAUGUAGAAUUCGCUUGGGACUUUCUCCAGGACUUGAAGCGUAGACGAAUUUCAUGUAAUACUUACAGUUAUAACGCCAUUAUUUACGGCUUCUCUUCUAAUGGCAAUUUAGAGAAAUCUCUAAUGGUAUUUAAUGCAAUGAAGGAAUUUGGAAUUCAUCCUGAUCUUCAUAGUUAUAGCAUUUUGAUAGACGCAUUAUGCAAAAAGGGUUGCAUUGCAGAAGUCAACAACUUGUUUACAGAAAUGAUAAACAACAGAAUUAUGCCUACCAUUGUUAGCUAUAGUUCACUUUUAUAUGGUUUAUGUUCAUCUGGUAAAGUUAAAGAUGCGUGCUUAAUUUUUAAUCAGCUACGAGAACACGGACAUGCAUUCGACCUCAUCGCAUAUAGUAUCCUUACUGAUGGAUGCUCUCGAAAUGGAGAUAUAAAUGGUGCUCUGAUGCUAUGGGGGGACAUGAUGAAAAGGAAUCAGGCUCCUGAUGUUUAUUAUUACACCAUUCUUGUUCAUAGUUACUGUAGAAUUGGAUUCAUGGAAGAGGCACUCGUUCUUUUCAGAAGCAUGUGCUGUGAUGGUGUGAUGCCCACUAUUGUUACUUGCACUUUAAUCAUUGACGGGUUUCUCAGAGAAGGAUUCAUAGUAGAAGCAUUGAAGUUUUUGAAUGACAUGGAUGAGCUUGGAAUUGUUCCAAACUUGUAUACAUUUACCGUUAUUAUUAAUGCCUUUUGCAAAGCACAAUUGGACGGUGUGGCGUGGGGGUAUUUUGGAGCGGUGAUAAAGAGAGGCUUCGCUCCUGAUGUUGUUUUGUAUAGCACCCUUAUUGAUGGACUUGUUAGUAAAUCAAGCUUGGAACAAGCUUUGAAGCUCUUCGGUAAAGUGAUGAAGGAAGGUGUUGCUCCAAAUAUUUUCACGUAUACAAGCCUUAUAAGUGGACUCUGUCGUGAAGGUAGCUUUCAUAGAGCGUGGUUUUUGUUCAAAGAUAUGGUUAAGAACGGAUUGGUUCCUGAUAGGAUUGUUUAUACAUCCCUGAUAUCAGGUUAUUGUAAGCAUAAGAAUAUGAUGAAAGCAGAGGAAGUUAUUAGAACAAUGCAGGAAAAUGGUUUAUCAGCAGAUGUUUAUUUAUACAAUUGCCUGAUUGAUGGAUACAGUAAUCUGUUUCUAAUGGAUGCUGCUAUAUUAAAAAUGGAUAGAAUGAUCCAAUGUGGUCUUGUCCCUGAUGUUGUCACUUAUACUAUUCUCAUUAAUGGAUACUGCAGGAUGGGUGAUAAAGAUAAAGCACAGAAUAUGUUUAUGUUAAUGUUGAAACAAGGGAUAUUACCAGAUACUCUGUGUUAUUUGUCAUUAGGCUUGGAUAAUUGCUUAGAGGAUAAAGGUUGAGUGCUGAAAGGAUUUUUUUCUUUGGCUGCUACUGUCAAAUGAUUGCGUACUUCUCCAUCAAUCUUCUCCAGCUAUUCAUGCAUUGAUUCACUCGUAAGUUCAUCUCUUUAUUUUUACUGGCUCAAAUAGAAGCUAUGUUGGUAUAAAAGUUUAAGGGAUAUGAUAUUAGUGAGUUGACUUACACAUGCGCCAUUGUGUAUUACAAGCCAAACCCGACUAAGGUCAAAGUCAGCAGCGGGCAUUGAGGUAAAUUUAACGUGGAUCAACUAUAAUCGAAGUUGCUUAAACUUUGUAAAUGUGAGCUAGGUGUCAAAGCUUUGAAGAAAGGAGGGCAACGCAGUUAAUUCAAUUGAAAACUGUGAUGAGGACCAAUGGAUGCAACAAUGCACAAAUUAGAUGUGGAAGAGUAGAAUUUUGCUGAAGACAACGGACUGCAGCAGGCCAGGGGACUAAUGCAUUAAAUUAUCGGAAUUUUUUUUGCUGGAGUGAAAACUAUCAGAAAUUGACAUCAUUGAGCAUCCAUGCUGUGGUUGAUUUGGGCUUCUAUUAAGCUUUUUCAGCAAAUACUACAAAUCAGCUCACCAUGCAGUAUCUUUGAAGGACGAUUGGUGAUGAAUAUGGAAUAUAGCGUGGGCCCGGUGAACUGAGGAGCAUUGAAUGCAGGAAUGUGUUGUCUGGAUGGAAUGAGGUUUGGAUUCUGGAACAAGAGGAGCUGCAGAAGUUGGAGGAUAUUCUUACAAUGAUUGUUGAUGAUGGUGCAAUCACAUGAUAGAAUGGAUGGCGACAGCUUGUAUAUUUCAUGGUAAUGUGUAAAUUAAAUAAAUGAUUUUUGUUGAGAUUGUGUGCAAAAUGUCAACCUUAAUAUAAAUAUAACGUUAUAUUGUUUCA